AUGGGUUUUGGAAGAUCUUCUAUUGAAGCUUCAGCAGCAACUUUCAUGGCUGCCAAUAAAGCAAACCACCACUCAAACACAAUACUAUCCAACUCCCAUCAACAACUACUGCACCAGAGUCAGCAGGAUCAAGAUCAUCGUCACCAAAACAAUCAGAUGUCAUUUGGAAUGAUGCAAUCACCUUUAUCAUUAUCAUCAACCAUUCAUGGAAACUUCAUAAGCAAAGACACUGGAGCUUAUGAUUUGGGUGAAUUAGAUCAAGAUCUUUUCCUUUACCUUGAUGGCCAGAGCCCCUCAACAGCCCAAGAGCAAAGACAAAAUUCUGGAAUGAGGCCCUCAACAUUGAAUAUUUUUCCUUCUCGGCCCAUGCAUGUAGAGCCAUCUUCAACAAAGGCAAUUGCUGGAGUAGUUCCUCCAGCUACCAGUGGUUCAAAGAGAUCAUCUGAGCCGUCCAUGGAGGUUCCAAACACAAGCAAUGAUGUUACUGCUGGGCCUGAACGAGCCAAAACUGUCAAGUGUGAAGGAAACCGCAAAAGUCCAACAUCGAGUUCAGAGCAGGAUCGACCCAAAACACCAGACCCUAAGCAGAUAUUGAGGAGGCUUGCUCAGAAUAGAGAGGCAGCUAGGAAAAGCAGACUUAGAAAAAAGGCUUAUGUUCAGCAGCUAGAGACAAGUAGGAUAAAGCUUACUCAAUUGGAACAAGACAUACAGAGAGCUAGAUCUCAAGGUUUUUAUUUGGGUGGAGGCGCGGUUUUGGGAGGAGAACAAGGACUUUCUGCUGCCAUGGGCAACAUUAGCUCUGAUGCUGCAGUUUUCGACAUGGAGUAUGCGAGAUGGCUAGGAGAACACCACCGUAUCAUGUGCGAGCUCCGGGCGGCACUACAAGAGCAUUUGCCGGAGAAUGAUUUGAGGCUUUUUGUGGAAAACUGCUUAGCUCAUUAUGGUGAGAUGAUUAGCCUCAAAAGCAUGGUCGCCAAAUCCGACGUGUUUCAUCUUUUUUCCGGCAUGUGGAGAACUCCAGCGGAACGAUGCUUCUUAUGGAUGGGAGACUUCCGGCCAUCCGACCUCAUCAAGAUUGUUGUCAGCCAAAUUGAGCCAUUGACGGAGCAACAACUGAUGGGUAUCUGUGGACUACAACAAUCGACCCAGGAAGCCGAAGAAGCUCUGUCUCAAGGACUUGAUGCUCUUAACCAAUCGCUUUCACUCACCAUUGCUUCUGAUGCAAUGAGCUGUCCUCCAAACAUGGCCAACUACAUGGGUCAAAUGGCCAUAGCCAUGAACAAGCUCUCCACCGUCGAAGGUUUUCUUAGACAGGCAGAUAAUUUGAGGCACCAAACACUUCACCGGCUGUAUCAACUCUUAACGACUCGUCAAGCAGCAAGGUGUUUUCUGGCCAUUGCCGAGUACUUCCACCGCCUCCGAGCUCUUAGCUCUCUCUGGUUGGCACGUCCCCAGCAGGAAUGA